UUUAUCAGUCGUACUGAUAGCGGAAUUGAAUCGACAUCUUUGUCGCAGUAUCAGUAUGUAAGUCACAACUCACAAGCCGUGUUAUUGUGUAUCACAGCGUUGUCGUGUACGCAAAUCUACAAAGAACCUGAGUAAAUCACUAGUCUAUUGCCCACGUAAAGGCAGGCAUUGUAUACAAUAGAUUUUUCAAACAGUAUUAAAUUGGAAGUGUUUACGAAAGUAACAAUGUGUGUUUAUGCUAUAAUUAAUGUAUUACCAACAACUUUUGGGCGUUAUUAGUGAAGUGGACAAAGGGCGGUGCGGGGGGCGCCGGCGGCGACGACAGCGGCUUCACAGGCGCAACUCGCAACAGCCUCCAACAAAGCUCGUAAUUAAGGCGGCUGACGAAGCUGGCGAGUGGCGACCGGCGUCACUCCACUGUCGGAGCUGUGCUACAUCGCACGCCUCUAACGGCUGUAGCAAAAUAAACAAUGAACAUCACCACGAUCGACACUCACCAUCUGUUGUGAAUAACCAAAUACACUCGUUAAUAACUUCGAACUCGCUGUAUAAAUUCAGCAAUCAUGUGGAUCCAGAUUUUCAUUUGUGUAAUCGUGUGUGUUAGUGUCGGCACUGUUAACAGCGAUGAAUUUCCCGUGUUCAACAAGUGUUGUUCAAAAAACAUGAGUUUAAUAAAAGUGUACGAGUUUAACGGAACCGAUGAACGUUUCGAGUGUUUAGAUCGUGAGGACACCGAGAAUCUUUAUAAUAUAUCCCAUGCUCCUCUUGUCAUCGGAGAGUACGUACGAGUCGACUAUGGCAUACCUACAGAGUGUGAGCAAUUUCAAAUGUCUACUCAUAUGAUCGCGACAGAGCUCGAGAUGAUACCAGGUAACAGAUGCUAUGACAAAUUAGUUCUGGAAGCCGUUAAUGACACGCUGAAAAAAAGUGUUCCUAAAAUUGUGGCGAUUACAUGUAAUUUAAAUAACACAGAAAAUGUUGUUAAAUCUAAAUUGACUGUAGAUCAUGUGAAAAAGUGUUGUCCUGCCGGCUUCAGUUACGACGUGGUCAAUCAUUUAUGUAGAAAGAGCGACAUCAAAUACACUGAAGAUACUUUAAUAAAAGAGUUAAAAUUGAGCGAGUACAACAUUAAGGAAGUGGACAGUGGGUUACAUUGCAAAAUACAUGAAUCUGCAGUGGAAUUAACUGAGGAACAGUACUCCUUUAAAGUUGUGGCGGACAGUUUGAUUGUUGUUAAUAAAAAUACGGACAGAAAGACUAAGAUACCUCAGGGGGAAUGGUGCAUGGACCACAAUUAUCAAAAUCAAAGAUUGAUUGCCCGAGUAUGUACCGAUCAAUGUUCUGAUUUCGAUGCAUAUUGCGUAAAAAAAUGUUGUCCUGUAGGACAACACUACAAAACAUUACGCUGCGGCAGUCCCAUCAGCAAAUGUGUGCCCACAACAGACGACGUAUUCUUCGACAUUUCAGUUUACUUGGAACCUUUAGAAAGAGAAAACGGCCCGAUAGCAGACGUGCUGGGCAUCCGGAAUGAUAUAAUGUGCCCAUCGGGCAAAGUGAUGCUAAACAGAAGUGUUGAACACGACUAUCAUGAGCUUACCCCGGAUGGUUUCCUCAAAUCGCCUGUCAGCGAAAAGAGUGACUAUUGUUUGGAAGCCUUCGACAGCCGUCAUUGUCCCGGAGGCGUUAUAACUAUCACAGCUGUCACGUGCUUUGUCAAAGCGCCAGUGACAAAAGAUUUUCGAGUAUCUUUUGUGGUGAUCAGCAUCUCAAGCGUUUGUCUUGCGCUGACUUUGAUAGUAUACUGCGCUCUUCCGGAACUGAGGAAUCUCCACGGACGCACCCUUAUUUGCCACGUCGGCAUGAUGCUCCUCGCGUUUUCAUGCUUGGCGCGGGUGCAGUACGCUCACGUACCCAACAGAGUGACAUGUACUUUACUUGGGUACGGCAUUUAUUUCGGUUUCGUGGCGGCCUUUGCUUGGCUCAACGUCAUGUGCUUCGACAUAUGGUGGACAUUUGGGAGUGUUCGUACAGUGCAGCCAUUGCGUAAGGCGGGCACCGAAAGAAGACGAUUUUUAUGGUACUCGCUAUACGCAUGGAGUUUUGCAAUAAUUCUAACCCUGAUCACAUUUUUAUUUGACACGUAUCCGGUAUCCAAAAUCUUGGAUGCUAACAUCGGAAGCGGCAUGUGCUGGUUUGGGGCUUAUCAAAACACCAGGACGGACUGGCCGCAUUAUAUAUUCUUCGUGAUACCAAUGGGUUUGGUGACGUGUACUAACUUCGUGUUAUGGAUAAUGACAGCACGACACUGUGCUCGUGUGAAGUCGGAGGUUCAUCGCCUGCAGGCCGGCUCGGUGGGUGACCGGGCCAAGCGACGGUUUCGUAUUGAUAGAGCCAAAUACGUACUAACCGGCAAACUGUGGGUGGUGAUGGGAGCAGGAUGGAUUUCUGAGUUGUUGUCGACGUUAACUUCUGAACCGCAAUGGCUGUGGAUGUGCAUCGAUCUCCUGAAUGAACUUCAAGGCGUUUUCAUAUUCCUCAUACUAGUUUUCAAGCCCAAACUCUACUACCUUAUAAGAAAAAGGCUGGGUUGUUCAAGGAUUCCAAUUGACACAAGGCUGGAGAAACCGGACGCGCAGAAGAAUGGGCCGUCGUCGUCGGGUCGCACAUCUUCUACUUUCCUGUCGAGGACUAUCAGCUCUGACGAACGUACCAACAUGAGAAUUUCCCAACUUAACAAUGCUAAACAAGCCUAAUUAUCAUAUAGCAAAAGUGAAAUCAAAUGUUUGUCAGGUAUUUUUAAUAAUUUAUUAACAUGGGAUUUGAACGCAAAUGCCUUAGACCAUCUACAAAGGACGCGCCAUUGGGCACUGCUACAAACAAAAAAUCUAUCACUUUCAAUGUAAAUACUACAAAGGAAGUGCAACACACAUACAUCCCUCCAUCCCUUAUUAACGCACACAUAAAUAAAUCUUAAGCAUUUGAGUGAGCAUUUGCUCUUAUAAUUUUGGCAGAAAGGAAAUAUUACAUAUAUACGGCGCGUCCUUUAUAAUAUAUUGUCUAUGACUAAUGAACAAUUUUGCUGACUUCCUUAUUUCUUUGAAUUGUGUGUUUUCAUUUCAUUGCAUAAAUUUGCAUGCUUGUGUAAUAAUUAAGAGUUAGGCAAUACAUUUGCUAAAAACAGCAAUGUGAUUUUUGUUGAAUAAAAAUAUUGCUUAUACUUCUAUUACAUAGUCUAGUCAUAGCGUAAGUUUGUGCGUCUACUUAUUUUUGUGUUAAGUUGUAUUUUGCGCUAGUACGCGUAAUAAGUUGAAUGAUUUAUGUUUGGUUUUUAAUACUUUUUCAUAGAACGUACGUUAUUACGAUAGAAUGUAUUAUUAAAUGAAUAGAAUGUAUUAUCUGUUAUAAAAGACUUACUUGCUAAUUGCCUUUGGGUGCUAAGACUAAUGUUGGUUAUAAUGUAGAGUCGUGAAAGUUUAGGUAUUAGAUGGAUUAAAACUUUGUCUAAAAAUUAAUUUGUCUGGAAAUAUGUUGAAUUAUUAUUAUUACUGUCUGUAAAAAUCUUAUGGGAUAUAAUAUUCAUAAAGUGUAAAGUUUAGGAAACUAUGAACGCCUAAAUAAAAAUCUAUCCACGCAUUAAAUCAAUUUAGUAUAUCUACCUGUGAUUGUAUGAAGGAGUAGGAUUGCAUAAUAUCGUUUAUUUUAAAACAGAUUAAAUUAUUACUUAAAUUCUUAAUUAUUGUUUGAGUAAAUUUAUUUCUAUUGCUCUUUUGUAGAAUGGUAACAUUUUACUAUAAGAAGGAUAUUAAGUUACAUUUUGAAAACUCUGUAUGGACAUGUUCACUGUUUUGUGAAUUUUACCAAUUCGUCUGAAGCUUAAUUUUCCCAAUAGCAGAAGGUUUUCACUUCGGGAAUUGAUAUUAUAAACUAUAUAAAACUAUGAUUUCACAAACUAAGUGUAAUGUAUUAAUUAGCAGGUAAUUACAGUUCAUGAGUGUGAUUAAAAAAUUACAAAAAAAAAUACGUUUUUUUAGUACUGAACUGCAUUUGUAAUAGUAAUUUACAUUGAUUCAUCAUUCAUUGUUUUGUUAAAGGUAACGUAAUUUUUGUAUAGUGAUUGGUAACGAUGCUAAAGUACUUAUUGCAGUAGUUAGUGAUGUCUAUUAACACACCGAUAAUAAAAUUGGUCAUGAAAUUAUCCUAUUUACCUAUGUAUACUUUACACCAUAGUUUGUACUGAUUUGUUAAUAGCGCACAAAGAAGAGAGAUAUUUGGACCUACACAUGUAUAAUUACCACUGCAAAUAUUUGAUGAAUGUUCAUAUAUAUUUUCAUUAUUUAGAACUUUAAAUUCUUAAUCAUCAAAUUUAUGAAAUGUACAUAAUAUUUUAAAUUUAGUCGACCAAAAGGUUAUUAAUGUUCCAUGUGUUAGAUUAAGUUUAAUAUUUUUAAUUCCUAAAUUACUGAAGUGUAUUUCUGUUUCGUACAAGGUAUUGUAUUGUGGUAUAAAUCAAGUAAAAAGACAAACAUAAAUUCGAAGAAAUUUGUCGAGUUGAGUAUAAAAUAUUAUCUGAAAGUGGUUUUAUUAAUAACAAUACACUUCCUCCCUGCACCACACCUCAGGUAGUUGACAGCAUGUUUCUAAUUAGUAAGAAAAUUCCCUUGACGCAUCUAUACUCGACAGGUUAUAUGAUCGCGCGGCACUAAUUACUUCAUUCCGCAAUGUAUAUACCUAGUUAAGGGACCUUUAUUCUUAAAUACAUGCGAUUAGAAUUCAAUUUUAAUAUACACGUUUAUUUCGGAAUAAGUACACAUAUUACAUUUAAUUCUUUGGUUGUAUAAGAAACGGAAAUACGCUUUAUGUUAUGAAUGCUUUAAUACUUUCGUAGAUUAUAAAGAAAUAUAAUUAAUACCUACGUAUGUAUUUGUUCACAGAUCUACUGUUUAAUAACAGUAAUAAACCAGGUAUUAAAUUCUAAAGACCAGAUAAUAAAAAAUCCAUUCCAGUA